GGUCAGCUAACCCAAUGAACAGCAACAGGAAAGAGGACAUGGAGAUUUCGUCCCACUACCGGCAGCUCCUGCGGGAGCUCAACGAGCAGCGGCAGCAUGGCAUUCUGUGUGACGCCUGUGUCAUUGUGGAGGGGAAGAUCUUCAAGGCCCACAAGAACGUCCUCCUGGGAUCUUCACGUUACUUCAAGACCCUCUACUGCCAGGUGAAGAAAGGGGCGGAGACACAUCACCAAACAACCGUCACUCACCUGGACAUCGUCACAGCGACAGGCUUCAAAGCCAUCCUGGACUUCAUGUACUCUGCCCACCUGGCGCUGACCAGUAAAAACGUCAUUGAGGUGAUGUCAGCUGCCAGUUACUUACAGAUGACCGACAUCGUCCAGGCCUGCCACGGCUUCAUCAAGGCCGCGCUGGACAUCAGUAUCCGCUCCGAGCUGGCCGACGAACUGGUCGACUUCGAGAUGGGGGCUGUCGCGGCCGCUGGGAUAUGUGGGGGAGGUAUAGGGGGAGGUGGGGGAGGUAUAGGGGGAGAAAGAGGAGGAGGAGGGUUAGGAGGGGCGGCGUCAGAAGCCCUGGUGUCCAUCAUAUCAGGAGGAAGCUCCUCGCCAUGGCUGGAGAGGCGUACGAGUCCGGCCAACUCUUCUGGUGACUCAGCCAUCGCCAGCUGCCAUGAGAGUAGUGGCAGUACGUACGGUAAAGAGGACCAGGAGACACCCAAGAGCCAUGAGAGCCAGGAAGACGGUGGCCACGACUCCCAGCACGCCUGGCCACACGACUACCGCCCCGUCACUGUCAAAGAAGAACAAGUCUCACCCUCCUCCACUUCUCACCCCCGGGAGAGGCUCAGAGUGGGUGCAGGGGCACAGGGGGUGCAGGGGGGAGGAGGGUUGGGGGGAGGAGGUGACGGGGCAUGGCAGCCCUCUGGGUCGGGGAGGAGGAAGAACAGGAAGAACAAGGACACAGUCAGACAUAUUACCCAGCAGACCGAGCUGGACAGAGACAGCAGGCCGGGCUCUCCGCUGCCCCCUGUGAUGGGCGUGACUCGUUGGAGCUACAAUGGACAGGACAUCCCAGCCCCACACAUCCCCACACAGCCCCACACAUCCCCACACAGCACCACACAGCCCCACACAUCCCCACACAUCCCCACACAGCCCCACACAACCCCACACAGCACCACACAGCCCCACACAGCCCCACACAUCCCCACACAUCCCCACACAACCUCACACAUCCCCACAAACCCCACACAGCCCCACACAGCCCCACACAUCCCCACACAGCACCACACAGCCCCACACAACCCCACACAGCCCCACACAGCCCCACACAACCCCACACAGCCCCACACAGCCCCACACAACCCCACACAGCCCCACACGUCCCCUGCCUGUCUGUGUCUGCUUUAA